AUGGGGUCGCUGCCAAUAGAGAAAAAGAAAUGGAUUAUGAACGCCUUUGCUAUGAGUUCCCCAGGCCAUGUCGCUGCAGGUUUAUGGCGCCAUCCAGAGAACCGAUCCCAGCAGUAUCACAAUUUGAAGUAUUGGACCGACCUCGCAAAAAUCCUUGACGAAGGUAAAUUCCACGGCCUAUUUAUUGCCGACAUGUUGGGCGUGUACGAUGUGUACAAGGGCCCGGACAACAUCGACCCGGUCCUGCCUGGCGCUGCCCAAUUUCCAAUCUCGGAUCCUUUUCCGGCUAUCGCGGCCAUGGCGGCGGUGACAAAAUCACUUUCCUUCGGCAUUACAUCGUCGACCACGUACGAGCAUCCAUUCUCCCUUGCUCGACGAUUUUCCACCCUGGAUCACCUUACAGGAGGUCGAGUGGGCUGGAACAUCGUUACCAGCUACCUGGAGAAUGCGGCGCGAAAUUUUGGCCUCGAUACUCAGGUUCCACAUGACACACGGUACGCUAAGGCUGACGAGUACCUAGAUGUCUCGUACAAGCUGUGGGAAGGUUCGUGGAGAGACGAUGCUGUAGUUGAGGAUUUCAAAAGCAGGCAGUACACGGUGCCCGGUCGUGUCCGCCGCAUCAAUCACCAAGGAGAAUGGUUCAAGUCAGCGGGACCACACACAGUUGAGCCAUCGCCGCAACGAACGCCCUACAUCUUCCAAGCUGGAACCAGCAGUGCCGGCAAAGUUUUCGCGACCAAGCACGCCGAAGCCAUGUUUCUGCCCGGGAUGGAGCCGAAGGUGAUCAAACGCGGUGUCGAGGCGAUUCGCACCCUCGCGAACGAGGUUGGUCGCGAUCCGAACGGCAUCAAGCUCAUCGCAGGGAUUCUGAUAAUCGUUGACGAGACCGACGCCAAGGCUCAGGCGAAAUACGACGAAUACCUGUCCUACGCCGACGACGACGGCACGCUCGCACUGUUUGGCGGGUGGUAUGGCGUCGAUAUCUCGACCUGGGGUGACGACGAAGACUUCCGCUUCGCGCCAGGCUUCCCGGGUGCCGUGCAGGGCAUGUUAGAAGCGUGGAGUGCCAUGGUACCCGGUGGCCAGAGCGUCAAAUGGACCAAAGCCCGUAUCACCAAAGAGCUCGCCCUGGGCGGCCCGCACAUCAAAGCGAUCGGGUCUGCCUCGACCGUGGCCGACCAGCUGGAGCGCAUCGUCGACGAAACUGGCAUCGACGGCUUUAACAUCUCGUAUGCAAUAUCGCCGGGCAAUUUCCAGGACAUCAUCAAGUACCUCCUCCCUGAGCUGAGGCGGCGUGGCUUGUUUUGGGACGAUUACGCUGUCCCUGGAGGCACUGCCAGGGAGAACUACAGCGCAGAUGAAAAAGGGCCUAGAGUAAGGGAUGAUCAUCCAGCGUCCAAAUAUCGCUGGAGGGCAGGGGAAGAUAUCCCCCAGUCUGCGUCACUGAAACAGAGAAUCUGGCCAAUUCUAGAGAAGGCGGCCACGACAAUCAAUGUGCGAGCAGCGCUCAGAAAUCAGGUCUUGGAGGCGAUACUCUAUUUCUGUGAGAGAGACUCGGUGGCCAGCCGCCUCACUGCGACGGAAUUAGCUAGCAAACUUUUGAAAAAGUCGACGCCAUACUAUCUUCAAGCCUCUGCGGUCCUCUUUCGAUCCAUCCUCUACCGCCUCGAUGGGGACAUGGCGAAAUCAGAGGCUCAGAUCCGCAACUUUUACAAGCAAGACAUACCUCCAAAGACGCGCCGAGACCACGCACUUCAGGGAAGGCUUCAUAUCUCCCAGAUCGAGAACAAAAUCAAGUGUUACGAACCGGAUGUCGCCUCGUUCAUUUACCAGUGGGAAGUGGAACAGCCCAUGUCGACUCUAGACAUCGAAAUCACGUCUCGGGUACAGAGUGCGGCAGCACGGUUAUUCCAGUCUAUUGGAGACUUGGAGGCAGCCAAGGCUUUUCUGGAACAAUUUCUCUCCCUCAAAAGGGCUACUCCUACGCCAGUGAAUACGCGGCGUGUUAUAAUCAGUAGACUUGCUGAUAUAUACUGCGAACUACGAGAAUAUCCGAAGGUGACCGAGAUUCUACAGCCAGAGCUCGAGGGUAGCACUGCGCCCGACCGCGCAAGCCGCCUGUACCGACGACUUAUGCUUGCGUUGAUGGAGGCCAACGUUGGAUUUGGUAGAUCGGACGCUGCAUACCGGGUUCUUAAAAAGACACAGGACAUCGCCUUUCCUGAGCCGGACAACCUUCACGACCAGCUGCUGCACAUGCGUACGCUGUUUGGUGCUGCCCGUAUAGCACACAUGGGAUCUGACCGCGCUGAAGCUGUACUCAGGUGGAGGUUUGCUCUCCAAGAAGUGGAACGCAUGCACAUUCUUAAGUCGACUCGCGGCUUCACAUCCGCCAUAGGAUACCUGUCUAUGGCUCACGCUCAAUUAAGCAUUGGCGACAGACACGGCGCCAGGCACUCAUGGCUUAUCGGGGCAGCGGUUUUGAAGAGCGAGAUAUGCGAAUUCUGGAUACCAGUUGCCUCUACUGUUUGGCUCCGUGAAAUUGCCACGGACGUCCACAAGUCGGAAGGUUGGUCUCUCCGCAUCAUGUUACCCGGCGGAAGACCCGAUCUCACGUGGCCCUGA